AUGUCUUGCUGUGCUUAAUAAAAUUUGUCUUUUUCCUGUCGAAUAUUGUUGGGUUUGCUUCAGAUUUUGCAAAGGAAUCUUUGCAAUGGGAUUUUUUGAUCUGUUCAUUGUGGCGCUGAUGCCAGUUCUAGAAGUACUGGUGGUCACUGCUGUUGGCUUGUUCCUUUCCUUAGAUCGAGUGGAUAUCUUGGGUCCAGAAUCCAGGCACCGCUUGAAUAAUAUUGUGUUUUAUGUUUUAGGACCUGCAAUUCUGGUUAGCAAUCUGGCAGAAACAAUUACAUUCCAGAGUUUGGUUAGCUUGUCAGUCGUGUUCCUGUGGUUCAUGCCGGUCAAUAUUCUUCUGACAUUCAUAAUUGGUUCAGCACUUGCUUGGCUCCUCAUCAAAAUCACCGGAACUCCUCCACAUCUUCAAGGCCUUGUCAUUGGUUGCUGCUCUGCUGGAAACUUGGGAAAUUUGCUUCUCAUUAUUAUUCCAGCAGUCUGUGAGGAAUCAAAUGGUCCAUUUGGUGAUUCAUUUGACUGCAGGGUUGAUGGAGAGGCAUAUGCUUCCCUAUCUAUGGCGGUAGGAGCAAUUUAUAUAUGGUCAUAUGUGUACAACGUCAUGCGAGUAUAUGCAGUUAAGAAAACAGACACUCAUGUGAAUGAUUCCACAGUCAGCAUAAACAUUUAUGGAGAGGCCGCAGAAACAUUUUCAGAGAGUUUCAAAGAAACUCUGCUACCUUCUGGAGCCCAUGAGUAUCCAGACCCUGCUGAAAAGCCCUACAGCUCUGGGAAAAUCCUAGCAUGGAAGGAGACAAUUCAGCACAUCAAGUGGAUUGCAGAGAAGAUGAAUCUGAAGAUGAUAUUUUCACCACCAACAAUUGCAUCAAUUGCUGGCUUUGUUAUUGGUGCUGUUUCUCCAAUCAGAAAGACACUGAUAGGUGAUACUGCUCCUCUUCGCUUCUUAGAUAGUUCUGUGUCCUUGCUAGGGAAGGCAACAAUUCCUUGCAUGACACUCGUAAUGGGCGCAAACCUUCUUCAAGGUUUCAAGAGAUCAGAAGUAGGAUUUUCACUGAUUGUAGGAAUCAUAGUGGUACGGUAUCUAUUCCUGCCUCUGCUGGGAAUUGGUGUUAUUAGAGCCGCAUACCACUUUGGCAUGGUUGGAUCAAAUUCCUUGUAUCAAUUUGUUCUUAUGCUGCAGUAUGCCCUUCCACCUGCAAUGACAGCAGGCACAAUUUCACAACUGUUCAACGCUGGCCAGGGUGAAUGUUCUGUCGUCAUGCUAUGGACUUACGCUGUGGCUUCUUUCUUCCUCACUCUUUGGUCCACUAUUUACAUGUGGCUUCUCUCUUGAUUCUUCAAAGCCUUGAAGGCAAUAAAACUGUUUAGAAUUU